AUGAGCUAUUUUGGGGUUUGGACCUUUCCUGUAAUAGUGGCUGUGGUCUGUGCGCAAAGGUAAGUGGUCAGUUUAGAUGCUCUUCAACAUGUAUGGCUGUGCUUUACACUGUAGAAAACGCUUAAAUAAUGCCUUCAGAAGCCUGUAAAUAUAAUAUUGUAUUCCUUCUCUUUCUCUAGUGUCAAUGACCCUAGCAAUAUGUCAAUCGUAAAAGAAACUGUGGAUAGACUGUUGAAAGGAUAUGACAUUCGCUUGAGGCCGGAUUUCGGAGGUAAUUGAAAUAAUUUAAUACCAACUCUAAUUGACGUUUCUAUUGUCAGCCCUAUAACACCCAGUUGUUGCUCUAAUUGGGUGGAUCGCUUAAAUCCCUCUUCUCAUUUUUUAAAAGUUAAACGCACAUAGCCUACCCCCCGGUUGUCCAGGUAGCCUAUAGAUACAUUGGGCUACCUCGUUCCACAUGUGCUAAACGACACGGAUUAGGACCACUUUAUAACACAAUACUAGAAGGGUAUUUUACGUUGUAGGCUCUUUCAAUGAUACACCUUUUGACUGUAGUGUAAUGAAACGUGUUUACCAAUUCCCCAACCCAUUGUUAUGUUGGCGAUUUGUGUCUAGCCUAGGCUACCUUACGAACGCGGCUAUCUCUCUAUUCAGGUGGAAAAGCCCUUCUUUAUAUUCUGCUGGGCUCAAAGGUAUAUACUUUCAAUUUCCUCGGAAGCACUUAUACGAAAUAAACACCAUGCACUGUGUUUUGCGAUGAACAUCAGAGGCACCGUGCGCACCUGCUUUUUAAAAUCCCCAUAUUGUAUCGUGGUAUCUGUCUGACAACAAGUCAAUGAAUGAUUGCUCGUGUGCUUCUGGUACGCAGCUGCUAUAAUUCAAAGUGUUAGGCUACAUUUGUGGUUUAUGGUAUUCAUUUAAUAAACAAAUAAAAAUCAUGAAAUGGUUAACAUUACGGUCCGUUUUGUUGAUUUUUUGCAGGUCCCCCUGUGGGAGUGGGGAUGAAUAUAGACAUAGCCAGCAUAGACAUGGUAUCUGAAGUCAAUAUGGUAAGUACUCGAUUAUCACCCUCUCCAAAUGAUUUGUGGGCAUUGCUCGGAUAUUCCAUGCACUGUCUCUCCCAAAGGAAACCCCCCAGCGCACUGCACGGAAUAGGCUACUAGUCAAACCAAUGCUAUCAAAAUAUUUAGUCUUCUCACCGCUGUAUUGAUCUGCUGGGUAUUGUCAAUACACCUACAGUGAUUGCUUGGAGAAUGGGGUAAGAACAAUCCAAAAGCCCUCAGAAGUCAUCUCAAUGGCAACAACCCAUUUUACUAUGACUAUCGACGUUUUUAAAUUCACACCUGUAGGCCUAGCAUGUUGUUGCUAAUCCACCCAUAAGAGAGUUUCACAACUGUGAAUGUUUCCUAGAAACAUGUUUCAGGUUGUAACCUGAAUUUCAAUUUAUGGCGGUUGAUUAUGGAAGCUCCUGCCUUAAGGGAUGAAGACAAGGUGUUGGUUGACAACAUGUCACAUACCUGUGUUUGAGAAGAGUGAACAAGGUGGUUUGAGUCUUUGUAAUGUGUUUAGCCUGGAAAUACUAAUGUUUCAAGGAAUUUAUUAAGGUGAUACUGGUGGAUACAAGUUUUGCUUCAUGCAAGAGCAUCCCCUAGUGCUACUUAGUCAGAACUGCAUGUCAGUGUAGAGGGUGACAGGAUUUGACUGAGAGGUAGGUCCCUCCACCAAACCCUUGGGUAUGUUUUGGAUAAAAUCCAUGGUUAUGCUUCCAGUCAUAUCAAUAUCUCUGCUAAUCUCUGCUUUUAGUGUGUUUUAGGUUGUUUUGUCAUUUGUUAGAUUUGACACUUGUUAUGAGAAAAAGUAUGCCUCCAUUGUAGUAGACGAAUAAGGGCUUUUUAUAUGACACUGAAAUUGAAAUUAUUAUAAUAAAUAUAAAUAAUAUAAUUAAUACAUGUAUUUAGAUUACUGCUGAGUUCACAUACAAUAACUGCAUUUGUGAUGAAAUAGCAGGCACAGACAAAGGUCUAGCUUUGCUCAGGUUAAUUUCUACUCUACUGGUUGUUGAAAUGAGGUUUUCCAGUUGAAGUGGGACUCAUCAUAAUACGAAGUUAAGAGCACACAAUUGACUAUUUUUGGCACAAAUACCCAUAGGCAUUAGUUUAAACUGUUGCCAUCAUAGUCGUUCCCCAGACCAAAUGUAAUUCCAGUUGGGUUUAUUGUAUAAAAUAAUAUGUAUGAUUAACAAGAUGUUACUCGUGGAAGUUGCCCUUGUCCGCCAUAUUAGUAUUCAUUUGCAUGAUGUCAGAGGAAGGCCAGAGAGAGUAAACACAUAGAUCACUGGUCUAGUGCCCCUCCACAUUUUGAUUAGUCUGGCUCUGACUCCUGCAUGCCUUCAUCCAGAUUAAACACUGAUUUUCAUUGUGUAGCCAAAGCGAGUGGUCAACGCACCAUGAACUGAAGGUUACGUCAUGGUAGGCAGCUGCCUGUGGCAAUGUGAACGACCCCUCUGUGAUGACAAAAAGUUAUGCAUCUGCAUGUUUAAUCUCCUAAUAAACGGCCUAAUCCAUGCUUCAUGGUUGGCAGAAUUCCUGAAUGAAGCACCUGGGUUAUUGUUUUAGAGAAUGAUUUGACCUUUAAUGCUUUCAACAAAUAUGCUCAGCGACUAUUAUCACACUGCGCUAAUCCACAAAGCCGGGCUGGAAGUAAACAUAGGAGAGGGAUUGUGUUCUUCCAAAACGUUUUUAUUUAUUUUAUUCGAUUUAAAAAAAAAUCGUUACUUUAAGUAAAAUGAUCGGCAUAAUAUCAUCAAAAAUAGUAUUGCAAUAUGUAACUGUAUAAAUGUUUCCCCCCCAUCACUACUCUAUGGUGCCUCCUCUUUUAUCUCAGCACCCCCAAGCUUUCAGCUCCUCUGAAGAUCACUGCUGGGAUACGGAUGACUUCUUCUUCUCUUUAGACUCUUUAGAGUUGGUUGAAAGCAUAAGCCUCUCUACCUCCCCAGAGAAGCCCACAUAGAAGUAGAGUGGAAGGAGGGGAUGGGACAAUAGGGUUUGCUAAUGGACCCCUUUUAACAAGAGGCUGAGUGAGGGUAAAGUGUUUUAUGUCUACCGACAACCCAUCCUCUCCUACCCUCCUCUGCUGUACUCCAGCAGCACCAUGUCUUUAGCAGCUCCUCUACCUGCCCCAGACAAUGUUAACUCAUUAGAGCCAGGGAAGGGAGCUCCGUGGUGGUCUGAUUGGUCUGUGGAACAAAGGCCCCAGGUGCCGUCUGUCCUCUGUGGUUGGAAUUCACCACGGUUACUGAGUCACGUACAGUAUGUUCAUCCAGCGUGCAAGGUAUAUAAUAGGCCUGUGUUUGAAUGCACAUUCCCCCAAAAGGUCCUCUGCUCCUGGGUGCUCUUCCACCCAGAGCCCUGGGAGGAGAGCAAAAGUUAGAUGUAAGGCUGGGCGAGGUAAAUCCUUGGCUUCAGGCCUGGUGCGUGUGAAAGUGUCAUGACAUUAACAACCUGCCAUUUGCAGUGGCAGCGUCCGUGAGGUUGGAGGGAAGGUCAUGCACCUCAUGUUGCUUGGGGUUCAUAUGAUUCAGAGAUAGACAAACACAAUAGAACACACAGAAUACAAAUGAAAUAGAGCAACUGCAACUCCAGGCAGCAAGUUAAUUUUUUUUCAUGAAUGGCUGGCUGGGUAAGUGGUAGAAUCUACUGCAGUUUUGCCCUACAUUUAUACUUUCUUUCUUUCUUUCUUUCUUUCUUUCUUUCUUUCUUUCUUUCUUUCUUUCUUUCUUUCUUUCUUUCUUUCUUUCUUUCUUUCUUUCUUUCUUUCUUUCUUUCUUUCUUUCUUUCUUUCUUUCUUUCUUUCUUUCUUUCUUUCCUUCCACGUUGAGCAAUAUUACUGUUGAAUGAGCAAUUUUAUUGUUGAAGACUCAGGGAAAUAAAUACUCAGUGUUGAGGAUGAGACAAACUUCUUCUCCUGUUCCAAAAAUCAGAAAUACCAUUAUUGAUGUAGACAAAGGUCAAGAGGAGCUUAUUGAUCGCUGGAGAAGAUGCUCAGAAUGCAGAGCCCUCCAUUUUGAAUCUCAGAACAGUCGACUCAUGGCAGCUGUGGAGAUCAAGAUAUCACAGUCAUAUCUGUAGAAAACGUUGAAGAACAGACUGUGCUGUAUCAAAGGAUUACUAUACUGUAUGAUUAAGUGAUUGAGAGAUACAACGUGGAGUAAAAUUUGCCUAAGGCGUGUUUAUGUUGGCAUAGUUGGGCACAUUUAUUGCAAUAAGUUUAAUAUAUUGUAGUCUGAGUGUUCCUGAGAUGACACAUGUAGCUGAUAGGGGAGAGUGGGGUAAGUUGAGCCAAAGGGUUAAUUGAGCCACCCGUUGUUUCUAAGCAACCAUACAUAACAUUAAUCACGUGACCAAAUAUUUAGGAAGUCAUCAUUUCAUGCAGUCUGUGAAGGAAGAAACCAAGUCAAAUUAAUGAAUUGUGUUAGAGGUUUCAUGAUUCUUGUAUCUAAACCAAAGUAAAUCAUUUAAAGAUUGUUCUAUACAUCAGUUGGGUUUUCUUUAAGUUUCAAUAUGAGGUCCUAAACCUAGCAUGGUAGUGCAUCCUUGUAGCUGUGUGGGCUAAUAUAGUCCAAAUGUUUGCCUUAGGGUAAGUUGAGUCAUUGGCCAUGGGGUUAAGUUGAGCCAAUUGUUGAGCCAAUAGAAAGUUGAGCAAAUUGAGGUAUUUUCUUCCCAGGUGUAAUACAAGGCAUUAUCGCUGGGAUAUGAGGUAACACCAGGGCCUAUGUUAAAAAAAGUACACAUUGUUAAAAAGUGUAAAAAAAAAAAAAGAUACAAAGUGUUUGUUAGGUGUAAAGCAUGUGUUAAAAGAUGCUUAAAAUGAUUAAAAGACAAAAGGUGAUUGUGAUUGUUUUGAAUUGUGUUUGGGAAAUCAAGAUAGACAUGGUUUUCAAAACUUGGUGGUCACAUUUCAUUCAGUACAUAAAUUAGCAGGCGGCUCAAUUUACCCUGUCCCACGGCUCAAUUUACCCCAUACCUGGGGUAAGUUGUGCCAAGAGAUCACUUUUUUGGACAACCUAUGUAUUCAAAACUGUAAUGUUUAUUGUUUUGGACAAGCUAUGUUUUCAAAACUGUAACUGAUUAUUUCCAGGGAGACACAACAUCCUGAAAUACACUGAGUGUACAAAACAUUAGGAACACCUUCCUAAUAUUGAGUUGCACUCCUCUUUUUGCCCUCAGAACAGCCUCAAUUUGUCGGGGCAUGGACAGUUGAGCGUGAAAAACCCAGCAGCAUUGCAGUUCUUGACACACUCAAACCGGUGUGCCUGGUACCUACUACCAUACCCCGUUCAAAGGCACUGAACUAUUUUGUCUUGCCCAUUCACCCUCUGAAUGGCACACAUACACAAUCAGUAAACAUGGUCACCCUCAUAGAUAUCAUCCUGACUAAUUUACCCUCUAAAUACACCUCCGCUGUCUUCAACCAGGAUCUCAGCGAUCACUGCCUUAUUGCCUGCGUCCGUAAUGGGUCCGUGGUCAAACGACAACCCCUCAUCACUGUCAAACGCUCCCUAAAACACUUUAGCAAGCAGGCCUUUCUAAUUGACCUGGCCCGGUUGUCCUGGAUGGAUAUUGACCUCAUUCCGUCAGUAGAGGAUGCCUGGUUGUUCUUUAAAAGUGCUUUCCUCUCCAUCUUAAAUAAGCAUGCCCCAUUCAAAAAAUUCAGAACUAAGAACAGAUAUAGCCCCUGCUUCACCCCAGACUUGACUGUCCUUGACCAGCACAAAAACAUCCUAUGGCGUACUCUAUUAGCAUUGAACAGCCCCGCGAUAUGCAACUUUUCAGGGAAGUCAGGAACCAAUAUACACAAUCAUUUAGGAAAGCAAAGGCAAGCUUUUUCAAACAGAAAUUUGCAUCCUGUAGCACUAACUCCAAAAGGUUUUGGGACACUGUAAAGUCCAUGGAGAAUAAGAGCACCUCCUCCCAGCUGCCCACUGCACUGAGGCUAGGAAACACUGUCACCACCGAUAAAUGUAUGAUAAUUGAGAAUUUCAACAAGCAUUUUGUGAUGGCUGGCCAUGCUUUCCACCUGGCUACCCCUAACUUGUUCUCAACUGGCUUACCUGGUUAAGUAAAGGUGAAAAAAGGUUUCAUGAUGCUUGUAUCUAAACCAAAGUAGAUAGUUUUAAGAUAGUUUUGUACAUCAGUUAUGUACAGUAUAAGCUAUAAUAUGAGGUCCUAAACCUAGUAUGAAAGUGCAUACUUCUAGCUCUGUGGGAUAAUAUAGUCCAAAUGUUUGCCUUGGGGUAAAUUGAGAUUAUGGGCAUUGGGUAAAUUGAGCCAAUGGCCACCAUACCCCAUAUAAAUGAUGAUUACAUUUAGUCAGUUUUAUGCAUAAUAAGCAUAGAAUUUUUGCAAUGUGUCAUGAUUAUGAACUCAAGAUAGUGCAUUUUUAUUGUUACAGAGCAGACAUCAUCCAUUUGAGCAGCAGUAAGGGAUGAAAACAUAGACUGAAUGACACUGAAGAGGUACAUUGACAAAAAAUAAAACAAACAUGUACCUGUGUGAAAGAGAGGCUAUGAUAGAGUAGCAGAAGCACACAAUGUCUAAUCUGAUGACACGGAGUCUGAGCUUGCUAAACAUAUCUAGAAUCUUGUGGACCAGUUUCAUGGGCUUAGUAGCCUCAAAUGCAGAGAACUUGCCUACUAUUUGGCCAGACAAUUGGUCAAGAGAUAUUGAACAGAGAGAUCUGUAUCUAAAUGUAGGCAUACAUUUAAAUUUACAUCAUUAAGCAGACGCUCUUAUCCAGAGCGAUUUACAGGAGCAAUUAGGGUUAAGUGCCUUGCUUAAGGGCACAUCGACAGAUUUUUCACCUAGUCGGCUCGGGGAUUAGAACCAGCAACCUAUCGGUUACUGGCACAACGCUCUUACCCACUAAGCUACCUGCCGCCCAUUUAAGAUAUACAAUAUACAGUGGGGGAAAAAAAGUAUUUAGUCAGCCACCAAUUGUGCAAGUUCUCCCUCUUAAAAAGAUGAGAGAGGCCUGUAAUUUUCAUCAUAGGUACACGUCAACUAUGACAGACAAAAUGAGAGAAAAAAAUCCAGAAAAUCACAUUGUAGGAUUUUUAAUGAAUUUAUUUGCAAUUUAUGGUGGAAAAUAAGUAUUUGGUCAAUAACAAAAGUUUCUCAAUACUUUGUUAUAUACCCUUUGUUGGCAAUGACACUGGUCAAACGUUUUCUGUAAGUCUUCACAAGGUUUUCACACACUGUUGCUGGUAUUUUGGCCCAUUCCUCCAUGCAGAUCUCCUCUAGAGCAGUGAUGUUUUGGGGCUGUCGCUGGGCAACACGGACUUUCAACUCCCAUCGAGGGAGAUUAUCAGUGGUCUUGUAUAUCUUCCAUUUCCUAAUAAUUGCUCCCACAGUUGAUUUCUUCAAACCAAGCUGCUUACCUAUUGCAGAUUCAGUCUUCCCAGCCUGGUGCAGGUCUACAAUUUUGUUUCUGGUGUCCUUUGACAGCUCUUUGGUCUUGGCCAUAGUGGAGUUUGGAGUGUGACUAUUUGAGGUUGUGGACAGGUGUCUUUUAUACUGAUAAAAAGUUCAAACAGGUGCCAUUAAUACAGGUAACGAGUGGAGGACAGAGGAGCCUCUUAAAGAAGAAGUUACAGGUCUGUGAGAGCCAGAAAUCUUGCUUGUUUGUAGGUGACCAAAUACUUAUUUUCCACCAUAAUUUGCAAAUAAAUUCAUUAAAAAUCCUACAAUGUGAUUUUCUGGAGAAAAAAAAUCUCAAUUUGUCUGUAAUAGUUGACAUGUACCUAUGAUGAAAAUGACAGGCCUCUCUCAUCUUUUUAAGUGGAAGAACUUGAACAAUUGGUGGCUGACUUAAUACUUUUUUUCCCCACUGUACCACACCCCAUUCCAUUAAUUUAACUUUGACCUACCUGCACCAUCAACCACUGUCACAGGACCAGGCAGGUCACUUGUGAUACAAGUCAGUAUUCAACGUACAUCCAUGUCUGAGGACACCGGGAGAUGACGUGGAAACCGGCCACUAGGGGCAAUAGUGAGCGCUGUUGGUUUUGCUAGGGUGUUGUGGAAGGGGAUGGCGGAUGGAUGUAAGCAUCUGUCUCUGGUUCCAAAGGUUGCAUGUUGUCUCUGGUUCCAAAGGUUGCAUGUUAGAAACUAGCGCUAGAGAGUUGUUUUUGAUCAUUUUGUUUUAAGCCUAUCCCAAACCUUAACCCUUACCUUAACCAUUCGGAGUUAAUGCCUAACCUUAAGAAUUCAGAGUUAAUGCCCCCCCUAUGGUUAGUUAGCAUAUAUUAGCUAGCAGAGCACAGUAAUGUGUGUGAAAUUUGCCCAGAGAAAUGACUGUUUGCGCUACGUACUGGACAAAAUGCAAUGCAGGUGCAAUAUAUGUUAUCUCCGUAAGGGAUGUAGAAGACAUUUCAAACUAGAUGCUGCUGUACUACAUAUGGUGGGGAAACCAGUCUUGUCAUUUUAAUGGAUUUGAGAUACAAUUAAAUGAUAGAUUACAUGCAUGUUGAUGGUGGAUCAUCCAUCCUGGCUGGGCUAGUCUUCUGUGCUCUGGAAAUGUGAUACUCAUGUGUACAGUCUCACGAAGCCAUCCUUUCAAAUCUUGUCUCGUUGACAAGCAAGCAAAUCCGGCUCUUCACAGGCUAGUGUAUAGCUAAUUGUUUGUCAAGCAGUGUCUUUUAGAAAUGAACAAGUUGAAGAGAAGUUUCACAGAAAGGCCAAAUAGAUUUGGCUUUUUUCCCCCUUAAUCUAUUCGAUUAACAUUAUUCAUGUGAUUCAUGUGAUUAGCAGGUAACCCUGACUGAGACAUGACAUGCAUUUUUCACUAAGGCUGUUGAAAGUCGUAAUAAUACUGAGUUAUCCCUUAUACAGCCACAUACAAAAAAACUAAACUGCCAUGAAUUACAUUUCCUGGAAAAAUACAAAUGAAUUUUGUUUUUAGUUUUUCAUCAGUCAGGCUUUGACGUGUGGCCUGUUACAUGGCAAAUGGUUUCAUUUUCAGUUCACUUGCCCUGUAAUGGUGUUUUGGGUCCCUUUCACUCAAAAGCUGUUUACCUAUUUAACCUGCCUUUUCCAACUUGACAGCCAUGGGAACUAACAAAGCACAGACACAGGCAGACCCACUGGCAUUGUAUACAUUGCAUAUGCUCGGUUCAUGCAUCAUUCAGGGAAAAGUAUGUGCGGAGGGAAUUCACAAGAGAGUGUGUGUUUGUAUGGGUAGAUACUAGAGAGUAACAGCAACGCAUACUGCAUUCCAAAUAAUUCAUUAGCUUUUGUUUAGAUACGUCCCUCUAGAGUUUGGGAUCAAUUUUAUAUCCAGUCAUACGCCUGAUAAAAUGCAAAGGACAUUGAUUAAUGAUGUUGAUGAUGAUGAUGGUGGUAAUGGUGAGGAUGGUUCCUUGCCUUUUAGAUGUGUGGCUGAUGAACAUAACUGGCAUGGAGACAACAAACGAUCCCACCGAACUUAAUACAGAAGUUGCCAAAGGUGAUGGACAUAUUGCUGUUAUCCCAGGAUUUGAGCUAGCUAUACGUUUUAGAUCAUUUCUCGCACUUACAUCUCACUCUCCAAUGUCUGUGGCUGCUCUAGGCACUGUUGUUUUCUAGUGUUGUUGUUGUGAUCAACAAACUACAGUGAUCUUGAUGUCUAUGUUCUCUCGGGAGCCUUGGUGAUGAUAGAGCUAGAAUGGCCCACUGCCUCUGUCUAUCACAGAACAUGGUUCCUAGGGUAACUUUUGUUCUGCAUACUCUGUGUUUCACUCAGAGAAAACUAAUUCGCUGAUUGUAUCCAAAAGACACUAGACUCAUACAUUCCUACACUUGCAGUUUAAUUGAAAAGUGAAAUUGAAACCAAUUUGCUGACCCCAUCCGUAUGUGGAACUCUGGGGAGAGUCAAUUAUGGGGCUCUUAUGUAAUAAUCUCUUUGUGGUUAUAUUACCCUCCAUAUAUUGGUAUAUUACCUUUUACAUGGUGAGGCUCUUGCAUGUUACGUAUGACAAUGUUGAAGAUUGCCCUCUGCACUUUACUUCAUUGAUUCUUGUGAAGUGUAUUAUUAUUGUAUACACUGAGUGUACAAAACGUUAGGAACACCUUCCUAACAUUGAGCUGCACCCCCUUUUGCCAUCAGAACAGCCUUAAUUUGUCGGGGCAUGGACUCUAUAAGGUGUCGAAAGCAUUCCACAGGGAUUGUGGCCUAUGUUGACUCCAAUUCUUCUCACAGUUGUGUCAAGUAGGCUGGAUGUCCUUUGGGUGGUGGACCAUUCUUGAUACACACGGGAAACUGUUGAGCGUGAAAAACCCAGCACUCAAACUGGUGCGCCUGACACCUGCUACCAUACCCCAUUCAAAGGCACUUCAAUCUUUCACCCUGUGAAUGGCACACAUACACAAUCCAUGUCUAAAUUGUCUCAAGGCUUACAAAUCCUUCUUUAACCUGUCUCCUCCCCUUCAUCUACACUGAUUGACAUGAAUUUAACAGGUGACAUCAAUAAGGGAUCAUAGCUUUCACCUGGAUUCACCUGAUCAGUCUUAUGUCAUGGAAAGAGCAGGUGUUCCUAAUGUUUUGUGCACUGUAUACUUUAUGUGGCAGCUUAAGUGAGUGGGUGGGGAGUUCCUGUUCGUUAUAAUCCAUAACGUUGCCAUGUUGAUUUUAACAGCGAAGAGACGUGCGGUGGGCCAUGUCACAUGACCAUCUCCUCCAUUACACAAAUGAGUCACAAGCUAAGGGGAGCUAUGUCAUGUUUAGUCAGCCCAGUAAUUGUCAUAAUGGCUGCCUCUGAGCUUUGAUAUGCCCCUCUUUCAUUUCAUCAACUUUGAUCCAAUACCAGAAAAGCAAUAAACCUCUUCCAUGUACAUGUAGCACACCCCCUUUCAUUAUUAAAGUUAAUGAAACAAAUGGCGGCUUGUUCCAUUUAAAAGGCAAUUGCGGUUCGGAUUGGAAAUGUUAAUGUUUCCGUGUGAAUCAUUUGCCUUAGUGGAUUAAUUAAGUUGGUUGGAGAUUCCAGCACACACAGGCUUUCAUCAAGCACUAUUUUAAAAUUAUGUUUGAAAGCGAUGAGUUCAUCCUAAUGGAAGCCUCUGUGCUCAUACUGUCACGAUCGUUUAUAGACUGGACGGACCAAGGCGCAGCGUGAUAAGCAUACAUGUUUAUUUAAACGAAUGAACACGCGACAAAACAACAAACGAAACGUGAAGUCCAAGGUAACACACAAACAUACCAUAACUGGAACAAGAUCCCACAACUAACAGGUGCCAAAAGGCUGCCUAAGUAUGGGCCCCAAUCAGAGACAACGAGCUACAGCUGCCUCUGAUUGGGAACCACCCCAGUCAACAUAGAUCUACACAUUCUAGAUCUUAACAUAGAAAAAUCAACAUAGCAACACACAACACGGAAUAUACACACCCUGACUCAACAAAUAAACGUCCUCAGAGUCAGGGCGUGACAGUACCCCCCCCCCCCCCAAAGGUGCGGACUCCGACCGCGCCACAUAAACAUAACAGGGUAGGGGCCGGGUGGGCAUUCCGCCUCGGAGGCGGAUCCGGCUCCGGGCGUGACCACCACUUACUCUCCACCUCCCUGUUGCGCCCCUGGUCUGGUCUGGACCUCGGCGCGCUGCUUCCCCUCUCCUUCCUCCCACGACGUACCAAGCCCUGUCUGGACCCUGGUGUGGGAGACCCCGAACCUGGAGAGGGGCUGACGUCUGGGACUGGACUGGAACCGCUGACUGGAGCUGGACCCGACGACGGUGGAUCGAACUGCUCUGGCUCCGGAGUGGAGCCGCUGACCGGAGCUGGAUCAGGCACCGGUGGAGCGGACUGCUCUGGCUCCGGAGUGGAGCCGCUGACCGGAGCUGGACUGGACCCUGGUGGAGCGGAUUGCUCUGGCUCCGGAGUGGAGCAGCUGACCGGAGCUGAACUGGGCACCGGUGGAGCGGACUGCUCUGGCUCCGGAGUGGAGCAGCUGACCGGUGCCGGACAAGGCACCGGUGGAACAGGCACGGGCCGUGCCGGACUGGACACACGCACCACUGGCUUGGUGCGGGGAGCAGGAACGGGCCGUACCGGACUGACGACGCGCCCCACUGGCCUGGUGCGGGGAGCAGGAACAGGCCGGGCCGGGCCGGGCUGGCAACGCGCACCACAGGCUUGGUGCGAGGGACAGGAACAGGCCGGACCGGGCUGGUGACGCGCACCACUGGCUUGGUGCGAGGGACAGGAACAGGCCGGACCGGGCUGGCGACGCGCACCACUGGCUUGAUGCGAGGAGCAGGAACGGGCCGGACCGGACUGCGAAGGCGGACUGGAGGUCUGGAGCGGAGAGCUGGCACAACCCGUCCUGGCUGGCUGCCCACUUUCACUACACAUGCGGGGCGCUGGCACAGGACGCACUGGGCUGUGCACGCGCACUGGCGAUACAGCUCGUAGAACAGGCGCAGGAUAUGCGGGACCGAGGAGACGUACUGGAGACCAGGAGCGUUGAGCCGGCACACCCCGUCCUGGCUGAAUGCCCAUCUUCGCACGACACGUGCGUGGUGCUAGCACAGGAUGUACAGGACUGUGCCGGAACACUGGCGACACAGUACGAAGCUCCGCAUAACACGGAGCCUGCCCAGUCACAUUCCUCCUCGCGUAAGUACGGGGAGUUGGCUCUGCUCUACCUCUAGGCUCCGCCAACCACCCUUUUAGCACCCCCCCAACAUUUUCUUGGGGCUGUCUCUUGGGCUUCUUCCUCGGCCGGCGCCUUCCACGUUGCCGCUGCUCCUCUCUAUAUCGCGCCUCCACUGUCUCCUCCCAAGGACGGCGAUCCAUCCCGGCCUGAAUCUCCUCCCAAGUCCAGGAUCCCUUCCCGUCCAGGAUCUCCUCCCAGGUCCAGGCUGUCUGCUCCUGGACACGCUGCUUGGUCCUCGUAUGAUGGGAUCUUCUGGCUAGGGCAUGGAUGGGGAAGGGCACAUCAACUGGUAUAAGGGGAAUCCCUAACUUAUACGAGAAACUGCGAUCAAUAAAAUUCCCAGCUGCGCCUGAAUUGACUAGCGCCUUAUGCUGGGAGUGAGGAGAAACCUCGGGAAACACAACUUGGAUACACAUGUGUACAACAGAGAGCUCUGGGUGAUCGAGGCAUCAGUGCGUGGCCUGCUGCCUCGAUCCCUAGGAGACCCUCCCCAGCACCGAACCGCAGUGUGUCCUCUGCGGCCACAGUUGGUGCAGGGGACGGCCUCUCUCCUGGUCUCUCUCUUCUUCUCUCUAGCACCAGCACCCCCGAGCUCCAUAGGGCUCGGCUCGGAGGUGCUGGGGGAUGGAAUGGACGGCCCCAGCUCCGGACGUCCGCGGGUAGCCAACAGGGUAUCCAGACGAAUCGACAUGUCCACCAGCUGAUCGAAACUUAGGUUGGUGUCCCUGCAGGCCAACUCUCGGCGAACGUCCUCCCUUAGGCUGCACCUAUAGUGGUCGAUGAGGGCCCUCUCAUUCCAUCCCGCAUUGGCAGCCAGAGUCCGGAAAUCCAGUGCGAAUUCCUGCGCGCUCCUCUUCCCCUGUCUGAGGUGGAACAGACGCUCCCCCGCCGCUUUCCCCUCUGGGGCAUGAUCGAAAACCGCACUGAAGCGACGGGAGAACUCCGCAUAACUGACUGUAGCGGCGUCUAUUCCCCUCCACUCGCCGUUGGCCCACUCCAGUGCCUUGCCGGACAGACAGGAGAUGAGGGCGGAAACACUCUCGUAUCCCGAGGGCGCCGGGUGGAUGGUUGCCAGGUAGAGUUCUACUUGAAGCAGGAAACCCUGACACCCGGCAGCGGUGCCAUCAUAAGCCCUCGGGAGCGAGAGCCGAAUCCCACUGGACUCCGGAGAUGGAACGAUGGGUAUGGCUGAUGGUGGUGUUAUUGUUGGAGGAGGUGUGGGCAAACCUCCUCUCUCCCAUCGGCUCAAGGUAACCAUCACCUCUUGCAUGGCGGUGCCCAGUCUCUGGAUCAUGGCGUCUUGGUGGAUUACGCGCUCCUCCAGUGAUCCCGUUGGCACCGCUGAUCCUGCUGACUCCAUGUAGGGUGUGUUAUUCUGUCACGAUCGUUUAUAGACUGGACGGACCAAGGCACAGCGUGAUAAGCAUACAUGUUUAUUUAAACGAAUGAACACGCGACAAAACAACAAACGAAACGUGAAGUCCAAGGUAACACACAAACAUACCAUAACUGGAACAAGAUCCCACAACUAACAGGUGCCAAAAGGCUGCCUAAGUAUGGUCCCCAAUCAGAGACAACGAGCUACAGCUGCCUCUGAUUGGGAACCACCCCGGUCAACAUAGAUCUACACAUUCUAGAUCUAAACAUAGAAAAAUCUACAUAGCAACACACAACAUGGAAUAUACACACCCUGACUCAACAAAUAAACGUCCUCAGAGUCAGGUCGUGACACAUACUGUGUUUCCAUGUUGACCCUCACUCUCAUCCUAAAACAUUAUUUUGUAUUAAUCUUAUAGAAAAAGGUAUUGGCAGUCUUUCUGGAUACACAGACACAUGUGGUUGUUGUGUUUUGUCCUUCUAGGACCAUACAGUAACAUCUAAUUGCUUUUGCACUUUGUCUGCAUCUUUUAUUGAUUGGCUGAAUUUGGAAACACUGGGUUAAUACAAUUGUCACAUGAUGUCACACAUGAACUAAAUCAUCAAACAUUCAUAAUUUUUUGGGGCACCUUUGGUUUAUGUAAGUGGCCAUGUUAUUUUCACACACUUAAACAAUGACAUUCUGCUUUUAAUUAGACGGAACAAGAGGGAUAUUCCCCAGUUAAACUGGAGCAUAAAUAUUCAUGUCUCUAGCACCCAUGGCAGUAAGUUCACACUGCAGACUCAACAAGACUUUACCAACUUGACUUCUAAUGGUUGGAGGCUCCCACUUGUCUGCUCUGCUCAAGAAAGGCCUGUCAUGGCUCAUUAGAAAUACAGGCUAUCUUAUCCACUGUACAGUCCAGUAUAUAUGGCAUGAGUGUCAUUAUAUAGUGCAGCACCACGGAGCCACCUGCUUGCCCAUUACAAUCAUGUGACUUGUGACUAGUGUCGCACACACUGUUGGUAGUGGGGGCCACUAGAACUGUUGGGGGACCUCUUGUUGGUCCUAUUUGGGACAUUGAAGAGGCUGCUAUGGAGAAUCUGAACAACUGCCAAGACGUAGGCCUAGUUAACUAGCAUGUGUUAAAAAGUGUGACUUAGCUGUGCUCCUAUCUUGGCUAUAGAUGAUAAUGGCUGUCAUUAUCAGCCAUUAUCUGUCAUUAUCAGUCAUUAUUAUCAGGCAUGUGAACAUGGGAAUUCUUAUUCUCUCUACCAGGAAUUGCAUUCAGACAGAGGGAGUGAAAAAUAUAAUGUCUGUCACUCAUUUAACAUUUGUUCAUAGAACUUCAACUUGCUCUAGAAUCACUGUUGAUCACCCCUGGCUCCAGCCAAUCUCAUUGUCAAUUCCCUAAGCCUGUGUGCUGAGGUUGUUGGGCUGAAGUUGAGUGAGGCUUUAUAGUACCAGAAUUAAACCUGUUCUUCGCCAGUAAGGCCCACAUCUGCUGAAUCAUGCCUCUCUGCCAAGUUUCUACACUGUCUGUAGAGGUUAUUUCUUUUUUUAUUGCUUUCUCAAAUACUUACGCAUCACUCAUCCGCAACUGUCUGCACACCCUAACUGCGCCCUCUCUCACCCUCCUCCACUCCUUCGCUUCACAUAUAUUCCAUAUCCUGUCUUGUUUAUCAUGCAUUGCAUGCUGUACCUCCUCUGACAUAUCUCCUUCCCACUCCACCUCUCAGUUUUUGCCCUAUGCUCAUGCUACUUGUCUCUCUCUCUCUCUCUCCCUCGCUCACUGCCUCAAUCCCUCCACUCUUGUUAUGUCUUUGAUGGGUGCCAGCUGAAAACCCUUGGAUUCACAGCUGUAAAAGUCAGCUGGCCCUAGAACUCAUUGAAAGUAUUGGAAAAUCAUUGAAAGUAUUGGAAAUUGUUUUGAAACCCAGCGAAAAACAAACAGGUUUUACAGCAUUUUGUACCUAAGAAAUGUGUAAGGAUGAUGAAAGAAUUCCAAUGGGGUGUACCCAUGGUUACUAAGUGUGAGAUUGGCCUAGCUGGGGGAAGUGGGAGAGCAGAGGAGGGUACCUAGCCUUAAGGGAACACAGACAGUCUGACGGAGUGAUGCUAUUACUGUAUACUGGAUAGGCCCCUUCCAUAGCCUAGCAUAGCAUGGCUGGGGGGACUCUAGUUUAGCUAUACCCUCAUUCUCAUUUAACAGCAAUCAUACACACAUUGACAAACACUAAUGAUUUACUGCUUAAAUUAUUAUUAAUGAUGCAGAGAUUGCUUAUCAUGCAAUUAGGGAUAGUGCUCCAAAUGUCAAGGGAAGGCAGGCAUGUAAUCAAUUCCCUGUGGUUAGACCACAGUAGUUAUUCACUGAUUCAGUGGUGCUGCUGACAGUGAAGAAUGAGCUGGGAUGUAUAGCCUUCAGGUCGUAGCUGCAGCACUAUGCACAUAGGCUGCUGCAUCUUGCUUGCUUGUCACAGGGCAGCGUUGGGAAUUGACAACAUAUUGUCUUGUGCUCAUUGUGGAACGAUAAUCUCCCCACCUGUUCUCUCACAGCGUUCGAGAAUGGCUGAGGCCGGCACUACGGAACGGACAAGGCGGAGUGACAAAUGAAAGUGGGUUAAUCUCCGCCAGUGCUACUCUCUCUGUGCUGUUCGGGAUGCAGCACCGAUGGAGCUUGCUCUAUUUAUUUAGUGUUAAUAGUCACAUGUGGCUGUCCCUCUGUCACUAAUGGGCCCAGCUGGGGUGCUGGGCAAGGAACACUGAACACUGGGCUCUCCUAUCUGAUGUGAAUAUUGUGCAUGGGGAAAUGAACACACAAACCUAGAUUUGUCUCUGUUAGAUAAAUAGCUGACUGGCAAUGACACAUGGAUGUGUGACUGAUAUAUUUCUCUUCACCUUACUACACAGUAGAACAUGCAAAUCAAUUUAUAACAUUUUUGACAUGCGUUUUUCUGGAUUUUUUUGUUGUUAUUCUGUCUCUCACUGUUCAAAUAAACCUACCAUGAAAAUGAUAGACUGAUCAUGUCUUUGUCAGUGGGCAAACGUACAAAAUCAGCAGGGGAUCAAAUACUUUUUUCCCUCACUGUAUAGCACUGUAAGAAUGUAAGAUCAAUACAUCCACUAGAACAUACCAAAAGCCAAUCGACUCCAACUCUGAAGAAAUCUCAAAAGGUUCUAACAGUAAAAAUCUAAAGCUGGAAUAAGAAAUGCUCUACUCUGCAGUGAACUACCGGCCUAUCCCUCUACCUGUGUGAUGGAAAGCAGAUAUAGCCACUCCACUCCACUGACACUGUGUAUGAUUCGAAGAUUAAUCAAGCUAUGUCUACAGUCUUGAGUGUGAAGGAGCUCCUCACAGUUAUUUCAUAUAUGAAGUGUUAGCGCUGUGCCUGUGACUGGACAGCGAGUCAUUUCAGCCAGCCACAGUGUGAGGUACAGAGGUGAGAAUAGGUGUCGCUGCUCACGCUGACUAGAGAUGGAGUGUUAUCAUUCUGCUGUCUCAAUGCGUCAUGUCAUCAAGGACUCUAAUUGGCUAUCCGGCAAGCCACCUUUGAACAAGCUACAGUAUAUCUGUUUUUUCCCUCACUGAGUUUAGCUGAGAAAAGAAUUGAGAAAAGAAUUGUGAGUUGUCAAUGGUCAAACAUACUGUAUCUAAAGAGACUUGUCAAAUCACUGUAUUGUUCUUCAGCAGGGAUGAUUGCAUUUAAUGAGGAACCCUGUAACCAUGGAAGCUCUUAGAAAAUUCAGCUUAAGAACUCAGAUUUAAACCAAAAAUACUGGUAAAACACUUUCGGCUCACAUGAGCUCACUGUCUCUCCUCCCUGUGCUGUCUCGCUGUCUUACAUUCCCGCUUUCGUCUUUUUCUUCAUCAAGUGGAAGUAGAGAGGUAAAUUAACCCAAGAACAACUAAGGUGCUUUCUGGGCCAAGUGGUUUGCAUCAGCAGUUUUGCUAAAGCUGAUCCCCAAAACAAUUCCUGCGCUUUUAAUUAUGCAGGCCGACAACAGUGGCUAAGGGAGCUAACUAAAGGAGGGGAAACAGAGGGAAGCAUGAAGGGAGGAGGAUUAGUGGGUCAGGGUUGCCCAAUGCGUGGGGUUAUGCAUUAUUCCCUUCCCUCCAUUCCGAGGAGGAUAUGGGCUUUUUGCAUGUGGGAACGGACAGAUUUCUGCCUCCUCUUUCUCUCUCUCUCACUCUCUCUCUGGAAUAUCCACUGUAACAUCCCAGACUGAAUUCAGUGGGAUGGGAAAUACAGAGAAAUGGAAGGAAAACGACAGGGUUUAUCUCACGUAAUGGAUUAAAUUCAGGGAACUGGAUGUUGUUGAAAUGGGUAGUCAAUUUUAUAUCCUCAAUGUACUACGGUUUGCCAGCAAAAAUCCAGCAUGCGUGGGGAAUUAUUCCCCCUGAAAUAUUCUCAGUCAGUGUACUUGUGUUGCAGUCAAAUGAACCCCCAUCUGACAACUUCAUCACCAGUUCUGCUCUAUCACAUGCAACAGGGUUUAGUGUGUAUCGCAUCCAAAGUGCCUUCGGAAAGUACUAUUUCCACAUUUUGUUACGUUACAGCCUUAUUCUAAAAUUGAUUAAAUUGUUUUUUUCCUCAUCAAUCUACAUACAAUACCCAUAAUGACAAAGCAAACAUUUUAUUUAUUAAAAAUUAAAAACAGAAAUAUCACAUUUACAUAAGUAUCCAGACCCUUUACUCAGUACUUUGUUGAAGCACCUUUGGCAGCAAUUACAGCCUCGAGUCUUCUUGGGUACACCUGUAUUUGGGGAGUUUCUCCCAUUCUUCUCUGCAGAUCCUCUCAAGCUCCGUCAGGUUGGAUGGGGAGCAUUGCUGCACAGCUAUUUCCAGGUCUCUCCAGAGAUGUUCGAUCGGGUUCAAGUCCGGGCUCUGGCUGGGCCACUCAAGGACAUUCAGAGACUUGUCCCGAAGCAACUCCUGCGUUGUCUUGGCUGUGUGCUUAGGGUCGUUGUCCUGUUGGAAGGUGAACCUUCACCCCAGUUCGAGGUCCUGAGCGCUCUGGAGCAGGUUUUCAUCAAGGAUCUCUCUAUACUUUGCUCCGUUCCGUGGAACUCUAGAGCUCUGUCAGAGUGACCAUUGGGCUCUUGGUCACCUCCCUGACCAAGGCCCUUCUCCCUCGAUUGCUCAGUUUGGCUGGGCGGCUUGGCCGGGCGGCCAGCUCUAGGAAGAGUCUUGGUGGUUCUAAACUUCUUCCAUUUAAGAAUGAUUCCUUCGACCUCAUGGCUUGGUUUUUGCUCUAACAUGCACUAUCAACUGUGGGACCUUAUAUAGACAGGUGGGUGCUUUUCCUAACCAUGUCCAAUCAAUAGAAUUUACCACAGGUGGACUCAAAUCAAGUUGUAGAUACAUUUCAAGGAUGAUCAAUGGAAACAGGAUGCACCUGAGCUCAAUUUCAAGUCUCAUAGCAAAGGGUCUGAUUAUAUAGAUAAGGUAUUAAAGUUUUUUAUUUGUAAUAAAUGUGGAAAUAUUUCUAAAAACCUGUUUUCGCUAUGUCAUUAUGGGGUAUUGUGAGAAGAUUGCUGAGAAUAAAAAAUAUCUAAUAUUUUUUAGAAUAAGGCUGUAACAUAACAAAAUGUGGAAAAAGUCAAGCGGUCUGAAUACUUUCCGAAGGAACUGUAGAUAGAUAUAAUUCUGCUCAAAAACAUGUUUAAAAAUGCAGGCUCCGCUCCCAGAUUCAACUUCCCUGUGACAGAAGAAACAGAACUCAAUAUUGUGUGCUCCAUUUCUCUUUAUGGAGGUUGCCAUUUUGAAUGUAUUAUUGAAAGUUGGACCUUUAGGGUAAAUGCCAUUAAGAUGCUUACUUUGGGUUUCUUUUGAACACUGUUUGACAGCAAACCUAGUCUCGCGGUUUAUGCCUAUUCAUUAGCUGAUGUGAGGUGUGUCUAUUUUGGGUCAUUCUUGAAUUGCGGUGGUAAAUUCUUUCCCUUGAUUUUGGCACUGUGUAAAAACACUUAAACAUUUCAAAAACAUUACAAAUAAUACAUUUUCAGGUUUAUUUAACUGUUAUUUAAUAAGAACCGAUGUAAGUCCUUGAUAAUGCAAAACAUAUAUUUAUUUGUAUGCAUUGUAGAAACUACUAGGGCCUAGCAAAUUGGAUUGUCUCACUGGAUUUAGAGAUAUCUGUCUAUUAUUUGUCUAUUAUUUAGAGUACUAGAAUGUGAACACAAGUAUUUCAUAUAGUAUAUACUCUAUCAAUAAAAACAAAGAAGGCUAUUAAAGUAUACAGUAUAUAUAUUUUUUGGUAUAAUGUGUGCCCCUCAGUUUUAUGUCAUUGGUGUUACCGUCUUGAAAAUCACAUCAAUUACAAUACAAGGACCUUGAGUAUUCUCUCCAGUGGCAAACUGUUAUCGGAGAAGGGGUGUAUAUUAAAGAAAAUUAUUAGCUAAUUACAUCCUUUUAGUAUGUCAUACAUUUGAGGAUUCCAUUGAUAAUUUGGGUGUCUAAAUCCAAAGUGUCACUUGGUUUCAGUCAAUUUAAAUGAAGGGAAAUAACAUUGUUAGCAAAAUGAUUAAUCAUAUCACUUUAGUCAAUUAUUUUUAAAGAAUUGAUGACCUUACAUUUAAGCAUUUGUGGCCUCCAUUUCAGAAAACCCAAAUGUACAUAACAUUUCUCAUUGGCGUUACCAUCAUUGGUGUUACUACUCCUACUGGUGGCACAAUGUUAUCAUAAUGGUCCAAAUGAUUUCAUGUUGUUAAGCUACCAUACUAGUUGAUUUAGAAUGGGAAGAUGUACCCAAUUACAUUUAAAUACAUUUUUCACAAAAUGCCAUGCCCAAGGCCGCCAUAAUUCAAGAACGAUCCCUCUCCCAGUUUGGCAUGAAAUGUGCUUGUGAGGAAAGAUUCAAUCUCACUCAGAAAUAACAUGACUCCUUGAAUAUCCCAACAUUAUUUAAAGUCCUUAAGCUACCAUAUCAGUUGAUUUAGAAUGAGAAUACAUUGAAAUAAAUACUCCCCCCCCCCCCCCCCCCACACACACACACACACACACACACACACACACACACACACACACUUCGCAAAGCCCCCUACACUCUCCUGUAGGUCACACCAACUGAGAGGAGAUAUUGCUUCUUUAAGGGUGUCCCUGGACAAGGAUGUAUGUGCAAGCCUCAAGUGUGGCCGAUCCACACUGACUGACAAUUGUGUGUCAGAAACAGCAGGAUGCUUUUCCACGAUGAGAACUCGCCUGACAUCGAUCCCUAAAUGUCAAUGUAUUACAGUAUCUCGUUGUUGACAAUAUGAGAUUUGGUUAUGUUUUCGCUACACUACUGGAAUAGCAAUAAAGCUGCUCCUCAGACCUCCAUAAUGCAUGAGGAAUUGAGCCUCCUAGCUCCGUUUGCUUAGAGUAUGUUAUUUUCUGUGUGUGGGAGUCCGAGGAAUUUGGAGGCUCUGGAAAGGCAGAAGCUUGGCAGAACAACCCUCUGAAACAUACAACACACACCCACACUCAGCCAUACACACAGCGUCACUGAUACUUAGGCUACAUACUGUGCACACUCACCCAGGCACACACUUACUCACACACAGCAUGAGCGCACAAACGUAGGCUUGUGAUUACGCGAGCACACACACACCAAAGCACGUGCACACAGACAGGCACACACACACAUACACAUAGACACACACACACACACAUAAACACACGCACACACACACAGAGGAAGAGGAUGAGAGGCAAGUAAGUGGGAGAAAUGGCAUGGAGAGAAAGAGGCUAACAUAGGCUCUAAUGUUAGGCUGGUUUACAUUCUGACGUCCACAGCUGAGAUAGAAACUCUUGUCAACUUCCCCUCUUCCCCUUGAACUAAAAAGAGCCCUAAUAAUCUUAUCCCCUCUUCCGAUGCCUCCCUAUCCAUAUAAAUUGCCACUCAAGUCAACGUCAUUCUGGGACACAAAAAGGCCUGCAGAUGCACCAAUCAUAUCAAAUAAAUUGCAAAAUACAGUCAGUUAACUGCACUGAUGCCAACCACAGAGCUAUUGGCUUGUGCUCGGGGAUCGCAAAAAAGGGCUUCCUAAAUUCAAUUCCCCUUCACAAGCCAAACAUAACUGAAUGUUAUGUCCGGGACAAGCUAAAUAAUGAAGGAGUAGAGAGGACCUAAAGCGAGUGGAGGGUAUUUAGGCUAUACGGCACAAGAGCUAGUGCCUUAUUGAAACGCUCCUCUACUCUCCAACAGGCUAUACUUAGGAAAUGAUCAGCAAAAGACAAAAAGCUGACAAACCCUGUAAGAGGUUUAGUCCUCAGAGAAGAACAAUGCCCUCUAGAAAUCCAAUCAUCCAAUCAGAAAAUGCUCUUUUGUUGCUUGAGUCUCUGUAUCUGAGGAGUGAAACCUCCUCUAAAUGAACAUGACACACUGAAUUGAGACAGCUGUGCCUGUUUACUGGCUACUACGCCAUUUCUAUACAUUGCAAUUGGUCGUGGUUGGUUUCUCCGCUUCACCCUGUCAUACAAUAGCAGCAUUUGUAUUGUGUUUAUAUUUCACAGGGCAUUGGAGCAAUAUAUGGCAUUCCUUUGCUGAUAUUCUGUGCAGUGUGGACAAGCUGUUCAAAGGAUUCCACAGAUACAAGUAUCCCAGGGGACUGGGUGGAUAUAUACAUUAUACAGCUGUGGGUAUAAAUCUGUUGUCUAUUAUUAGGAAACAUUCUGUAGCAGUGCUGUAUACUGUAGAUAGGCUAUGUGAGUGGAGUAAGGGAUGCGUCUUUUUUAAGAGCUUUUCCAGUGACUGAACAUCAGACCGUACUGUGGACAUCUGGUUGAAUCAUGUCUUCUCACUCAUUCAAUUCCAAAGACUGGAGGAAAGUGUGAAGCUGCUUUAGGAUUCAGGUGUCAGCAGACUUUUGCUGCCAUGCCAUGUGAGAUAUUCCAAUUCACUCUUGUCAUAAACUCUUUAAAACCAUCUAGCACCUUCCAACAUGAUCCAACACCAGCUAUGUUUUAUGGAUAAAGUAGCUUCCUUGGCAGUAUUUAUUCAGUAAUAAUGAUCAGAUGUGUUCACACACUUGCUGUGAAAGUGUCAGGACAUUUUUAUUAUUCAACAGAGGCACGUGGAUUGACGCAAGAGGUGCCUCCCCAGAGAUCGAGUUGGAAAGUCACAAAGAUGGAGAAGAGAGAAGGAGUUACACAUUUACAUUUUAGUCAUUUAGCAGACACUCUUAUCCAGAGCGACUUACAGUUAGUGAGUGCAUACAUUUUUCAUACUGGCCCCCCGUGGGGAUCGAACCCACAACCCUGGCGUUGCAAGCUCCAUGCUCUACCAACUGAGCUACAGGAGGCCUAAAUAAAGAACAGAGGGAGGUUGAAAGUGGAGAGUGGUGAGAAUAACAGCAAUUUUCAUCACUGCUUCACUGAACUUUCCUUGGCUUUCAUACUCCAUCCCUUCCAGCAAACAUACCACUGCCAUGAAAUGGAUAACUCACUUCAAGGGUAGUGGGUGGUGAGGAAGCAGAAAUAUAACCUAUAGUCCCCCCUCCACCCGCUCCCCCCACCACCAUCCCGCUCCACCUCAGUCCAGUCAGGAUGGGGGACUGGUUAUUUGGGGGAAUAGUAAUGAAAACGUGGCCUUAGUGCAUGCUCUGCUGUGCCCUGCUAUUGCCACUGCCAGGACACAUAGGCAGAAUCUCUACCCCGAGGCUGUGUCUUAUCCACAAAUCGUGCCUGCAGCGUUCUUGGCCCAACACGGGUCAGUCGUGCCAGGGCUACUCGACAUGGUUUUUUGUUUAAGUAUUGUUGUUUUCAAUCUCUGUGUGUAUCGGAAACGAAACGCAUGCAAUGGCAUGGAGAGAGGAUAUGUCUUAUCGCCAUUUUCGGCGAUAAGGAGCAGGGUUAUAUACAAGGAUACAAAAUGUGGACACUUGAUUAAUCCCUGUUGAAUAUAGUAUUGGUAAUGAAUCCUUACCUUCCUGUCAGCAGCUGAGUGAACAUUACUAAUUGCACAACACUCUUAAGGUACUCAGGUCUGGCCUGUGGCUCAACGUGUCCCUUCAGUUAGCAUUCUGUGAAAGCAUCUUAGGCUGCAGUGGCCACUUACUGAAGUGAAGCACUUGCCCUGAGUCUGAGAGGAGAAAAAGGGUUUUGGAAACUUUCAAAAGGUAGAAAGAAAAUGAAACCUUUAGAUCUAACUGAAUAAUGCAUAGUCAUAAUCUAGGUUUUGAUGGUGAAGAGGAUUGUUUUGUGACUGCCAUAAGGGCCAGACUGAGCCAUUGGAUGCAGCCAUUUGUUAAAGGGGUUUGUUCAUUUAAAGCCACCAGCAGUGCGAGAGUGGAGAGAAAUAAUGACUCUAUUGUCGUCCUCACUAGCAGCCCAGCUCUCAUAAAUCUAGCCGUCUCUUUUUCUCUCCUCUAACUUAGAUUACUUAGUGAUGCUCAUUAACACUGGUGUUAUGACAGACUCCUCCACACUGACACUGGCUAGCACUGCUAUUCUGUUGAUUCUCAGCAGCAAUUCCCCACCACCUCCUCCUCUCCUUACAGAGAGAUGGAGGCUAUAACACGCCUUUGAGGAGCUCCAUGUUUUACUCCAGUCCCAGCAACUUUGGCACAGUGGCACAUCAGCAGGGCCAUCCUGCUAAGCAAGCCUCCCCUCUC